AUGCGUACCCCCUCAGGUUCCCAUCAAAACGCGCAUACAGGUAAAAGUCCAGCCUCUGGCAGAUCUGGGAGAUACCGUAGCGUCAGCCCCUCUCCCAGGCGGAAUGCCAAUAACUAUGAUUCUACCAGCUCGAGUGAAGGGGAAGAGCCUAGGCCCAAACCGAAGGCUGUGCCGAAGAGCCGACUUGGGCAGCAUCAAAAGUUUGCCGACUUCCACAACCCAGGAACAGCAAGCCCCGGAAAUGGUAUGGACUUCGACUCCUUUCUCCUCGCAAAUGGGUUUCAAGCCGUCGAGCUACCUGAUGGUAGCUACGAACUCCAUUCGCUGUCUCGGAAAUGCCCCCUUAAUCAACGUACCCCUGCUGACAAGGACGGCCCCAAAGGACACACCUCGGACAGUGCUGCUUUCCCAAAAAGCUCGUACCGAUCGGACCAUCAGCCCAACCCAUCGGGUUCUUCCUCUUCUGUCAAGUAUGUUCGAUAUGCCUACUAUCAAGCCGCUUCGCCCUAUCUGACAGACACCGGUUUUAGCACUGACCCGCCAAACAAUACGGAAAGGCCCCAGUCUGCUGCGUAUGAACGUGGCAGCACAAGUUACUUGCACAAGAAGUUUUCUGCAGACGAUUGGCGCGAUCAUUUGGAUCAGUUCGAUUUCAUAGGCUCUGCCUCGCCAAACAAGGAGUCACUUCCGAGAUCGCCUGCCUCGCAAAAUCGGGGCCGUACCAACUUCCGAAAUGGACCGACACAGGCAUCCUCGACGGGAUCGCCGAUUCCCAAUCCUUUCGGUCCUACUCCACUGUAUCAAACUGCACAGCAACAGCAACCACCAACACCCUUUGCACAGGCAAAGUUCUCUGCAGAUUCGUGGUCCGAACAGCUUCGAAAUCUCUCAUGGACUGUACCGGAGGUCGACAAAACUAAACAAACGGCAAGUGCUGCGCCACGUAGUCCAAAGAAACAGACCAGGGCAGGCACCAAAUUGCGGAGCGCUCCCCAGCCGGCAAGCGUUGCUACCGAAGCAGAUGAAGCUAAAGAAACUGUCAAUGGCCAGACUCCUCCUGAACCAGCCUGGGCAGCAGCACCGGACGUUGAGGAAAUGGACCUUGACGAGGACCUUCCUACUCCGGGUGUUCCGCCGAAUGUCCCAGUUGGGAAACCAAGCAAUGGCAGCUAUCCUGAUUUGGCUUCUCAGGCCGUACCAAAUGUUCCUCCGGUCAAGAAGUCCAGGCCUCCUUCGAGCACCGACGCCCGUACCCCUCUAUUUAACCUCAAUAAUCUCCGCAAUACUGUACCCUUUACGCAGACCACCGGCGGAGGCAUCGAGAACCUUGAAGACUUCCACACCACUCUUCCCUUCGAAUCCCAAGCAAAGCAGCAAAAGACCACAAAAGACGACAUCCGACCCCGCGCACUCCAACUCCCAAACCCACCCAAACGACCUUGGGCCCCGAAGCCAGUCACCCUGGGCCCAACCUCUAAGCAGCUCGUCCUCCCACGGGACAAAUGGAAUUGGUAUGUCUCUGCAAUGGGGGCAUACAUGCACGAAUGGAACGCAUUCAAUGGCCGCAUGCUCACACAUUUCAAUGCGCGCCAAGAAGCGAACGCAACCGGUCUCGCACCGGGCUGGAUCAGUGCCGUUGGAGAUUCUACCCGUCUCAAAAUAAACGGCGCAGACGACAAUGACGACGGCACGACCAAGAAGGAUUUUGAUGACUAUCAUAUUGAUGAAUUCCUCGUCCCUGGUACCAGUAAGGGCGGCUUUAGUGCCUAUCUCCGUGGUAUUGAGGAAGAUAUCCAGGUGCGUAAGCAUUGGGAAGUUGCCUGUGAGAUGCAUCGAGAGUGUAUCCUUGACCUUGGACGAUUGAGAGAGUGGAUCCGAGAUGGCGGCAAGGUGGUUUGA